GGCAUUUGAGUCACUGUGACACAGCACUGGCUAGAUAAAAUUACUUUCCUGUGCCGUUAAAACAUUUCUGUCUUGUCAGUUAAAGAUUCUUAUGUUAGAAGAAGGCGCAUACCGUGAUCUCAGCUGGUAUUUUCUUCUUAAAUUUAAUUUGUGUUACUAGUUUCUAGCUAAAGUUGAUUUUCUGCAGUUGCUCGUUAGCUAGCUACUAGGUGAAUCUUGAAGGAUUUGUCUGGCUUGGCAACAUUGUCUGUCGUUUGUAAACAUUUCCCCACUGCAAUAUGGACCAGGAUAACACACGUUUUGACGUUAAACUGUACGUCUACGAUCUGUCAAAAGGCAUGGCACGUCAGCUCAGCCCAGCAUUGUUGGGGAAACAGCUGGACGGAAUAUGGCACACCGCAAUUGUGAUCCAUAAUGAAGAGUUUUUCUUUGGAGGAGAGGGUAUCUCAAGCUGUCCACCAGGAGGUACAAUUCUUGGUCAGCCCAACUCAAUAGUGGAUUUGGGAGAGACCGAAGUGAACGAGGACAUCUUCAUGAGUUAUCUGAUGGGUCUUGGGGAAUCUACGUACAGGGGAGAGAACUACAAGUUGUUUGAACACAACUGCAACACCUUCAGUAAUGAAGUGGCCCAGUUUCUCACGGGCAGCAAGAUUCCGUCCUACAUCACAGACCUGCCAUCUGAAGUUCUGUCCACACCCUUUGGUCAGGCCCUGCUGCCGCUCCUCAACUCCGUGGCCAUCUCCCCUUCAGGAAGUGGCUCUUUCAACAGCCAGAGGUAGAGGCCUGCUCCCUGGGUACAGGGGCCUGCACUCUGCUGGAUCCAGGCCUGCUCUCCUGGGCCAACACACACACACGCCAUGGCUGCAGCUCAAGAUGACUCUUUUAUACCAGGCCCUCAGAGGAGUGAGUAGGCCUAUAACCAACCGACCAACCCACCAACUUCACCUUAACAAAACAGCAGCUUGAUCCCAAACCUUGUCCUUCCUUCACCUUGGUGAACUUUUGUUUUCACAUAAGCUAUUACAUGAAUUAAAAAUGUAUACAUGUUAA